AUGAGUCUGUCAAUCUUGUUAAGAACCAAAACAGGUCUCAGCUUAUCGACCCAAGCUUGCCUCAAAACUGUCACCGUUUGCGAACAGACUCCCUCCACGACGUCAACAAGAACCACUGCUCCAUCACACAAUCUCGAAGCAGUGCUCACUUCUGAAGAGAAGUCAAUGUGGCCAGGAGAGUCAAUUAAGUUGAUCAAGUACUCGUUGACGAUCGAAGUCUCUUGGGCCCGUGAAAUAGUCUUGAAAUACAGCGAAAUCGCCGACGAUUCCAUGGUGAUUCCUCUCAGCUGCUCAUCUGGUCUAGAAUCAAGAUACCGGACUUUGCCCGCCAAUCUCUGA